AUGGCGGCAAAAGUGCCGUCACGAGCGCCUUGCUUGGCUUCAGAGACUUGUACUUACUUGGCUCCCACGUCUGCUGCAAUCGCUAUGCUAUUUAUUGUUGCCCGACCUAAUGCUGUGGUCGCCUCGCUGUCGAUGCUGACCGCUUCUCGCGCCUGGCAGCCCGUGGCCCCAGAGCUGCUCGCCUGCAGCGGGGCGGCGGGGCAGCGCGAGGAUGACCCUCGCCCAGGGCGGCGCGCGCGAGGCGCCCAGCACGGCGACCCAGAAAUGGGGACGGAACGAAUGGAGACGACGACCAACAGCAUGGCACGGCAUGGUUGA